AUGUCUGUAAAUCCUUCAUUCUCAGUCAAAAAAAGAAUUCUGGUAAAAGACUUGCCAUCCCAUGCUAUUCCUGAAUUCCAAAAAUCACUUUCAAAAGAAGCUCGGAUUUUAUCAGCGACAGCAACCGAUGAAGUAGAAGCAAAAGAGUAUAAAGAAGC